AUGGCCGACAGUGAUGAGUACGGUGACGAGUUCGACGACACUGAGUUCCUGGAUGCCGCCACGCAAGCGGAGAAGGAAGACUCGCCGACAUUUCAGGCAUCACCGAGACCUGCCAAGCGUCGGAAGGUCAACCUUAUAAAUCAAAGGACCGCAUCCAUUCCGCCUGAAAGACAACAGAGUGCUCGACGCGGCCCCUUUAUAUCUUCCGACGAGGAGGACACUGAUAACGAGACUGACCAUACACUAUCCGACGCAGGUAGCACACGAGCCUUGCCCAAUGGCAGUCGUGUUCGAGAACAUCGACCCGCGAGUCGCAAGAAGGCGGCUCACUCGAAGCAGAAGGCUGACCGAGAUUUCGAAAUGGACGAUGCAUCGCCUGUCAAAGAGACAAAGGCACAAAAGAGGCAGGAACGAAUCCAUGUACCCACCACGAAUCUGGACAUGACCGAUACUUUCUAUACACAACCACCACAGGAGCACUCACCGCCUUGGAAGCCCCGAGGAGCGAUAUGGGCGAAAAAGACAGCUACAAUCGGAGUACACAGGCCGUCAGAGCCUACGAAGUGGACUGGACUGGAUGCUAUGAAAACUAGUUCGCUACCUGGUGGGCAGUCCAUAUCAUUGCCAUUGACGAACGGUGCAACCGUGGACUACGAUUUUACACAAGACUUGGCGGACUUGCCCUCGGAUGCUUUCGCAUCCUCCUCAUCGUCCCCCCAGAAGCAGAAUGGCGAUGUCUUAGUGACAGGGGCUCACAAGCAUCUGAUAGCCCCAAAAACAGGCCUACGACAAACUACGCUGUUUGGGCGUGCGGGGAAUAAUGCCACGGUUCCACCCUCACAAGCGAACAAGCGUUACAGUUUUGUCGUCGACCAGAAACAAGAGCCGCCAACUCAUCACAAGCUGGAUGCUGAAGCGAUGAAGACCUGGGUGUACCCGACUAACUUGGGCACAAUAAGAGAUUACCAGUUCAACAUCGUACAAAGGGGUCUUUUCAGUAACCUGCUGGUCGCUCUUCCAACUGGUCUCGGGAAAACCUUUAUCGCCGCUACUAUUAUGCUCAACUGGUUUCGCUGGACAACGGAAGCUCAGAUAGUAUUCGUUGCGCCCACCAAGCCGCUUGUAUCUCAGCAGGUCGAAGCCUGCUAUAAAACCGUCGGUAUUCCGCGCUCGUACACGACAAUGCUCACCGGAGGCGUUUCGCCAGGCUUGAGAUCAGAAGAGUGGCGGGAUAAAAGAGUGUUCUUCAUGACACCUCAAACCCUGCUGAACGACCUUAAAGGAGGAUACGCUGACCCCAAGAAGAUAGUGUUGCUCGUUGUCGACGAAGCACAUCGCGCAACUGGCGCCUAUGCAUACGUGGAAGUGGUCAGUUUCCUAAGGCGCUUUAACCAGAGCUUCCGCGUCUUGGCCCUUACCGCUACUCCUGGUGCGGACGUCGAGGCAGUCCAGAAGGUCAUCGAUGGGUUGGACAUUUCGCGAGUCGAAAUCCGCACCGAGAAUUCCAUGGAUAUCUGCAGCUAUGUACAUCAACGCAAGAUCGAGAAGCAUGUUUUUCAAAACAGCGAUGAGAUGGAGUUGUGUAUGGAUCUGUACAGCCAGGCUCUGCAGCCUCUGGUAAAUACCAUAGCUGGCUUGAAUGCCUACUGGAGCAAGAAUCCUCGCGACCUGACCCCGUACGGUUGUCAGCAAGCAAAGAAGAAAUGGUCUCUGGAAGCUGGGCGAAACGCAAACCAAGGCGUCAAGUCCACUGUCCACACGGUCUUCUCAAUACUUGCGUCAAUAUCGCACGGGAUGGACCUACUAAAGUAUCACGGCAUAGGGCCGUUCUACGUGAAGAUGAAGGAGUUCCAAGACGAGAGCGUUAAAACCAAGUCCAAGUACAAGAAGCAAAUUCUUGACAGCGACGCUUGGAAGAAGCUUAUGAGCCGACUUCACGGAUGGGUUAAUGACGACAACUUCGUUGGUCAUCCGAAGCUGGAAUUCCUACAACAAGUUAUCCUGGAUCACUUCGUCAAUGCAGGAGAUGGACGCGGCUCGGAGGAUGCAUCGCCUACACAAACGAGGAUUAUGGUAUUCGCCCAUUUCCGUGACAGUGCCGAAGAGAUAGCCCGUAUUCUCAAGAGACAUCAGCCCAUGAUUCGACCUCGUGUUUUCGUUGGACAAUCCCAUGGCAAAAAUUCAGAGGGUAUGAGUCAAAAGGAGCAGCUGGACGUCAUUGAGAAGUUUAAGUCAGGCACUCACAACACUCUCAUUGCCACCUCGAUUGGAGAAGAAGGACUCGAUAUUGGUGAAGUCGACCUCAUCAUCUGUUAUGACUCAAAGGCAUCCCCGAUACGCAUGUUGCAGCGGAUGGGUCGUACCGGUCGAAAACGUGAGGGGAAAAUUGUCAUGCUCCAGAUGCAAGGCAAAGAGGAAACCGAUGCCAACAAAGCAAAGGAUAGCUAUGAAAAGAUGCAGGAGAUCAUUGCGAACGGAUCACAUUUCAACUUCCAUGACGAGAUAUCGCGCCGGAUUUUGCCUCAAGAUGUGAAGCCGACUGUUGACCGACGUGUGGUGGAUAUUCCACCAGAGAAUUCUCAACAGCAAGAUUGGCUCCCAGAGCCGAAAAAGGGACGUCGAACAAAGAAGCCUCCUAAGAAGUUUCACAUGCCUGACGGUGUCCUGACUGGCUUCGUCACUGCAGGUCGCAUGGACGAAGAAAUUGUACCCAAGCGUCGUGGAAACAAAGGGACCGCAGCAAUACGCCCCAGUGAGGAGGUAUUCGACCUGCCACCGCUACAGUCUGUCCUACUAGAUGAGAAGGCGACCCAGGAUCUAGAGAGGCGAUUUCAGACUGUUUUCGACGACGACGAUUCUCCCAUGGUCAAUGAGCUGGAUCUUGGUCGUCAUUUUGAGCGUCAGCGAACUUUAUGCCGUACGCAGCAUCUUUCUGGGCCUGGCCGCGUUACACGGAGCUUCGUUGGUAUGAUGCAACGUAUGCGUGAUGUGGACCACGAGCGUCUCGAUUCUUUCAAGCAGAACUUGCACUGCUCUGAUUGCGAAUCGGAUGCAGGCAACAAUUACCUUGUGUCGGACACGGAGCCAGCGCCUCCGGUUCACGAAGAUGCGUGGGCUGAUGAUGACCCAGCGUCACAGCCACUUCCGAAGGCCAAGGUCAAGGCAAAACCUGGUCCAAAGCCCAAGGCAAAGACUACUCCCAAAACUCCUGCGCCGCGAGGCAGGCCGCGGAAAGACAAGAUUGAAUUGGAGACGCCGACCCGUCAGCCACAAGCUAAGAGCGUCACACCUCCAACUAAGACGCCCAAUUGGCGUGUCUCCGGCCUGGCGCAAGAGGGUGAUGAGUCGUCUCCGCCGCCAACAGAUCCUCGCUUCCAUAUCGCCUCUCAAGCUGACACAAUUGGUUCUGACGACACCAUGGGCGAAGACGAGGUGCAGGAUACGCAGGCAUACAAACUAGACUCUGAGCUCGCCAGUUUCAUUGUAGAGGACGAGGAAGUGGACAUCCCGCCUUCCAGUCUACCUAGUCUUGAUCUAUCUGGCGUUGGAAGAGGAACGCAAGCUGUCGUCAAGGCUGGCAGACCGAAGAGGCCACCGAAACGCGAAAAGAUAUUUACCAGCGAUCCGACGGACGAUGACGCAAUCGUGAGUAGCGACAGUGAGGAGGAUGCGCCGCUAGCAGAGAAGAAGGCACCUUUUGUGAUAGACUCUGCCUCUGAGAACGAGGAGGAGCUCAUUGUGCCUCGGAAGAGGGCUCGAAGAGUCAUUGAUGAUGACGAAGAUGAAGAGUGA